CCUCUUUUGUUAAUUGGCUGAUACGCUUGCGUCACGGCGCUUCAACUGUUUCUAUUUGCUCACGUCCGUGUCAUUUGAAUACAGCCGUUGUUGCCUGUUGACAACCGACUACCAAACACAGCAUUUCCUCGCUGAAGCGAUCAUUUCAAUGGCUUCUAAUUACCGCAAACCAGCUUCUUCGGCUAGCCAAAGGAAGAAGGCAGGUCCAAAAAUCGACCUGACUGAGGAGCAAAAACAAGAAAUAAAGGAGGCUUUUGAUCUCUUUGACACAGAUGGAACAGGAACAAUAGACGUCAAAGAGCUCAAGGUUGCCAUGAGAGCUCUUGGGUUUGAACCAAAGAAAGAAGAAAUCAAAAAAAUGAUUGCAGACAUUGAUAAAGAGGGCUCCGGAACAAUUGACUUCAGUGACUUUCUCAGUAUGAUGACACUAAAAAUGGGUGAAAAGGACUCCAAAGAAGAAAUAAUGAAGGCCUUCCGGCUGUUUGAUGAUGACUGCACUGGGAAAAUCUCAUUUAAAAAUCUCAAGAGAGUUGCUAAGGAGCUGGGUGAAAACCUCACUGACGAAGAAUUACAGGAAAUGAUUGACGAGGCAGACCGAGAUGGAGACGGUGAGGUCAAUGAGCAGGAGUUCUUGAGGAUAAUGAAGAAGACCAAUCUUUACUGAACCCGUCGACUGUUAUAGCCUUGAUCUUGGACCUUUUUUUUAGAUCUACCUUUUAUUCUGUCAGAACAGUUUAUGUAGUAGCUUUUUGGGAUUAUGUUUAGGGUGUAAAUAAAUAUUUUAACAUGCUUUAUAUUUGCAGUGAUUUUUGUACAAUUCAAGACAAAUAAAUAUAUUUCAUCAUA